GUCUCCUUAAUACUUAUGGACCAUGGAGGCAGCCGGCUCUGUCCUGAGUUAGUUAAGUGUUUUUACACUGUGAAAAGUUUUGCAAUGUCCAUUUUAUCAUCACAUAUUAUGUAAAUGACGAAAGGUACUUGCCAUGGAACUAUAAUUGGAAUAACUUUUGUCCGCAACUCGUCGCGGAAGCGGAGUUUUCUCAUGGCAAAAGUGGAUUAAAAAUCCCUCCGUGAAAAGACAGUUCGGCCGAGACUCGGACAGAGAAGGCACCACAUCACAUGACAUCAUGUCCACCAUCAGUCCGCCCUGCAAGCAGGAGAAGAGAGGCAGCUUCUUCAAGCUGAUUGACUCAUUUGCCUGGGAAAUAGGCACACUGAAGAAGGAAAUGGGGAAAAAGACAGAACAAUCAGAAGGAGACAACAAGACUGAUCCUCUCCUCGGGCUGGGUGAAGAGGUGGGGGGUCUCUUCCUGCCGGCUUCCCCUCGUGCUGGAAUCGGUGCAGGGCAGGCGGGAGCGAGAGACUCGGGCUAUGACUCCCUCCAUCGGAGGCUCAGUGUCCUGGACAGACUGGUGCACACACAUGCUGUGUGGCUACAGCUGGGUCUCAGCCACCAGCAUGCCACACGUUUACUGCAGAGCCAACCCACCGCGACAUUCGUGGUGAGGAAGUCUACUAGCCUGCAGAGGAAAGUAAUAUCUGUACGCAUGGACAAAGACUCUGAAGUCCCUGUCAAAGACUUUCCUGUCAAAGAGAGUCAGUACACUUUUUCUCUGGAGGGAUCGGGCCUGAGCUUUGCAGACCUCUUCCGUCUGGUCGCUUUUUGCUGCAUCAGCAGGGAUGUGCUGCCGUUCACACUGAAGCUUCCAGAGGCCAUUGCAUCAGCCAGAACUUCUGCUGAUCUCGAGGAGGUUGCUAAACUUGGAGCAGGUUUCUGGGAUGCUCAGUUUUGCCACAGGAGAAAGGUGUCAGCCUCAUCGGCAGCAAUAGCUGCUCCCAGCAGACCACCGCCUCCUUCCCCGAGACCAGUCUCCAUAACAACCUCCCCAGAGAGCCCUCAGCUUCAAACUCGUACCCCAUCUGAGCUUGAGUGUUGUCAGUCUAACGGGGCUCUUUGCUUCAUCAAUCCCCUCUUCAUAAAGGUUCACCAGCCGGAGGGAGACCACAGCACUACUUCAAAUCCCUCUGGCACAGUUAAGAAAGUACAGACAGAGGAGCCUGGUGGCAACAGCCUGGAAACUAACAACAGUGAAAUCCAACAAUGUCCUCAGGUCUGCAGCUCAGUGCACAGUGACAGUGACCAGUCAGGUCAAAGCGACUUGCAGAGUCUCAGCAGAAACACGAAGGUAAAGGACGAUAGCAGUGAAACCAGCAAUCGAAAGCCAAGUUCUGCAGACAACAUUCCCCGGUCAGCACCUCCUCGUCCACCUCCACCUCACUUUGCACAGCGAGGCUCAGGCCCUCCUCCCCGACAACGCAGCAUGCCUGAGAAGAUCUCCUGGAUCAAAGUCCCUAAGGACAAGGCAGAGGAGAGGGAGAGGGGCGGCAGCCUUCUUUCUCGUUUGGGCUCCUCUCUAAGCAUCAGCCCCUCUUCCUCACCACCCAAGAGACUCAGCAUCAGCUCCCCUAUCUCCAUCCCCCGGCCCUCCCUGCCCAUUUCUCUAUCGUCUCUCUCCUCCUCUCCUCGACGGACUAAAGCCUCACCAUCAUCCAGCCAGGAGGAUGCUCAGUGCCACUUGGCGCUCGAGGAACAAACUAUUGAGAAGGCCCUCUUAAGGGCAAGGCUGUCUCAACAAACCUCCUCCAAAUCCCCAGACCAGGACUCUAGCAGUCCUUCAGACCCUUCCCAGUUGACAACACGAAAGAGGGCAGAGCUGACAGGAGGUGAAGAAGAAAAAGGCAAGGAAUGUAGCGGUGGUGGUCAGCGGUUGAGUGACAUGAGCCUGUCCACCGAUUCCUCUGACUCUCUGGAUUUUUCUCAGUGUUCAGCCUUUUUCCUUCCUCCUCUUCAUGACCCCAGCCCCCCAACCAUAGCCGACUUCAACACCCAUCUCCCCCUCUCCAUCCCACCAUCCCACCUACCUUACUGCAGUAUGGAGGAAGAUGACGAUGAUGACGAUGAUGAGGAGGAAGAGGAGCCUGACUACGGUGUCAGCCUGGAGAGCGACCAGGACCAAGACCAGGAUCUUACCAUGGUGCCACCUGGCCACCGCACAAAGCGCCGCCCCAGUGCGGGCGCUUUGGUCUUGCAGAAAGCACUGAAAGGGCACCUGCGCAAGAUGAGCGGCGUUUUCAACUCGCUGCUGACGCCUGAGAAGAGGGCGAUCCGCAAGGUGGUGGAAUUGUCAAGGGAUAGAGGAACGUAUUUCGGCUGCCUGGUGCAGGACUACCUGAGCUACAUGGGCGAGGGAGCAGGCACCCAGGCCUGGCAGGGCUACGCCUCUGGACUGGAGCUGCUGCAGACUCUCCGCCAGUUUAUCACUCAGAUGAAGAGCUACCUGCAACAGAGCUCCGAGCUUGAGCCACCAAUUGAGAGCCUCAUUCCUGAAGACCAGAUCGACCAAGUUCUGGAAAAGGCCAUGCACAAAUGCGUCCUGAAGCCCCUCAAACCGAUAGUGAGCGCAGCCCUGCGGGAGUUCCAGGUGCGCAACGGUGAGUGGCAGGAGCUAAAGGAGAACCUGGCCUUGGCCAAGGCCAGGCAGCCGCAGGAAAUGGGCGUGGCCGACACGCUGCCCCCGGACCCUGUGGCCAUAGAGAAGAUUAAGCACAAGUUCCACACCAUGAGUAAGCUGUACUCCCCAGAGAAGAAGGUCACCAUGUUGCUGAGAGUCUGCAAACUUAUCUACACCAUCAUGGAGGACAAUUCAGGUCGUCUGUACGGUGCUGAUGACUUCCUGCCCAUGCUGACCUAUGUGUUGGCCCAGUGUGACAUGCCCCAGCUGGACAAUGAAAUACUUUACAUGAUGGAGCUGCUGGACCCCUCACUGCUCCAUGGAGAAGGUGGCUACUACCUGACCAGCGCCUACGGAGCUAUGUCCCUGAUCAAGAACUUCCAGGAGGAGCAGGCAGCCAGAGUCCUGAGCUCUGAAACCAGAGACACACUCCACCAGUGGCACCGCCGACGCACCAUGCAGCGAUCUGCUCCAUCUUUUGAUGACUUCCAGAACUACCUGAGGGUGGCACUGCAGGAGCUGGACAGCGGCUGUACGGCCAAAACCCUACAGGUCCGGCCGUAUGCCACGGUGGAGGAGGUUUGUCAGCUGUGCGCUCAUAAGUUUAAAGUGUCCGAUCCUGAGAACUACGGCUUGUUUCUGCUGAUGGAAGGCAGCAGCCAGCAGCUGGCGCCAGACACACACCCUCAGAAGAUCAAGGCUGAGCUCCACAGCCGCUCGCAGGCCACUCCCUUCCACUUUGUGUUCCGCCGUGUGGCCAGCAGCAACACCUCAUCAUCAGCUCCACCCGAUACUACACCCAACCUCAACGACCUCACUGCGACCUCUGACCACAGGGACAAUUUGAACGACCUCGGUAGGGAGCUGUCAGACCCCUCCCUCCAGCCAGCUCUCAGCCUCGGCCUCAGUCCCCAUCUGAGCCUCAGCCUUCCGCCCAGUCACCUCAAUGGGAACUCAAUAUCAAUAUGACUGAGAGUGUGAAUGGGGUCUUUGUCCCCAAGUUGUGACAGUAUCGCCCUUUAUUUCCAUUAGACCUUAAAGGGCCGGCAUGUUGACAGGGUUCCACUGGGCUGAACGCUGUAUCGUGCCAGUCUUUACAAAGCCUGACUUCUCCUUUCGAAUGACACGUCUCGUCUCAGUCAACAUCCCCUCGCUGGAAUGUUUUGUCUGACAGACACGUGAAAGAGGAAAAGAAAAAAGGAAGGAAGGAAAUGAGAAAGAUGGAGUUUUUGUUUACUUCCUGGGGUCUAGAUUUGGCAUCAGGUCGACACUUUGUUAAACACAGCUCUUGAAAUCUAAACAGAAGGUUUAUAGAGAGGGAUGUAGGAGUUAAUAUAAAGUGUAAAGAUGACAUAAACACUAAAAUGUGUUGACAGUCCUGCCUUAAUACUGGUGUCAAGGUGCUGAUUCAGGGUCAGAUGUUCUUAGUGUAAACAUUAGAUACAUAGACUAAACAUCUCAUUUUGGAUCAAUCACUUUAGAUAUAGAUUAAGAUAUUUUAUUUAGGUGAUGGGUAUAACUAAGACUUUAAGGUUACAGUUGCUGGUAAACUGUAUUUUGUAUUUUGUGAGGUUUGAAACUGUUAAUCUUUCUGAUAGUAGUUUUUAACAGAUAAGUGACACCUAGUGGUGGCUGGUGAAUAUUGCAAUUUGAUAUAUUCCAAGUGUUUUUUAUUAAGUAACUUUAUGCAAUUAUUAAAAAGAAGAGGAACUCAGUGGUGGAAAAAUAUCUUUAAAGAGAUGUAGCAAUGUGUAGAAAAAAAAAAAAAAAAAAAAAAAGAAGGGCUGUCUAUAUAAUAAUAUGACAUUACCAAUCAGAGUUGCAGUACUGUACUGGUCUUCAGUAGAGGUGGACAUUUUUUAUAACUGAUUUCCCACAGCUGCCUCUAGACAUUUUUCAACUUAACGCUUGUGUCAAAUGUUCAGAAUCUCCCUUUAAUGAGUUUGAAGAAGUAGAAAUCUGUUGGAAAAAAACAAAGAGUGUGGAGCCAAGGAGACGAGAAGUUUCUAACCUUUUUCUUUUCCAUAGUUGUUGGAACACCAAACCCAAACUGCCUCUUUUCUCUUAUGUCUUGAAAUGGGAAGUCGAUCUCGUCAAAUUGUACUUUUCCAACAAAUCUAUGCUGCUGUGGCUACUGGGCCAGUGUUUACAGCCACAGCCUCUCGUUUUCUCGUUUUCUCCUCUGCUCUCAACAUGCAGAACGUCCCAUGCACUAAGCUGCAUAUAUGCAGGUAGAUCCUGGCAUUAUCAGUGAAAGAUAUCACGUAUAAUACUGCCUUUUUUAUAUAACAAUCUUAAGGAUUCACUUUUUGAAAUUUGUAAAAAAAAAAAAAAAAGUUCUUGCAUGUAGUUUUGUCUUUUAAGUGUAAUUUUAGAAACAGGCUCGUCUGCCAGUGUUUAGAAAAUGUAACAUUCAUUCAUGUAUUUACUGAUUAUCCUGGUGAUAUGAAAGAUACUGUGUCUUACAUGAUAUAUUGCUUGUUUAUGGGCGCCUUUUACAUUCAGAUUGACAUGAUGUGGCCGAGGAACAACUGUGACUGGCUGCCAUAUUCUAAUUAUAGACAAGUCUUUGUACUACUGACGAAUGAUAAAGGUUUUUAUCCCAUUAAAAAAAAAAAAAUAUAUAUAUAUGGUCAGUUAUAAACAGGUUUUGUGGACUUCCAUGCUGGUCUGAGGUCACACACAGAGGAACAUGCUGUACAGCUCGUAGAUAUUCAGAAAGACAAAAGUAUGUGAGGACUCUGUUUACAGGAGCGGAGAUGUUACUGAGACAGGCUCAGUCAGCAAUACAGCCUACAGGACAGUUGAGUGUCAGUCAAAAAACAAAACACUUGAAAAUAUCUUCUUUUUUUAAAUAUCAGUAGUUUCAAAAUCAAGUUGAUAUGCUGUAUAAUUACUGUCUUGAACUGUAACACUCCAUUCAUUCCUGUUUUAAAAUGUCGUGAGGUAUGUGAAGUGAAUUUGAAAACAGUAGUGAAAAGCUUGGUUGCUUAAAAGGGAAUUCCAGUAUUUUUAAUCCGGGCCCUUAAAUGUACUUUGGACAUGAAUUUCAGCUGCAAGACCAGCUGUAAUGGCUUCAGUGUUUUCUUUCUGCUCAAAUGACAAAAUAACAGAACAGAUCUCUACAGGCAUAGACCUGAUUGUAAAGGUAAGAGGAAACGGCUGAAUCAUCACGGUCUUCAAAGUAGUGUUGUAGUAUUGAACCGAGGGCCCUGGUCUAAAUGAGUGGAAUCACCUUCUAAGCAAACCUGCAGGCUUUUCGAGGCGGUUGUGUAGCAGGAUGACAUGUAUCGUCUGUAUGUAACCUGUGACAUGCUCAACAUGUGUUUAUCUGGGUGCCAAGUUUUUAAAGCUUGAAUCGACUCAUGGUGCGACAUUUUCAGUAAAAUAACUUCUCAUUGAUUUAGCGAGGUGAGUAUUUAUGUGUCUCUGUGCGGGGAUUUUUCACAGAUGGCUUUUCCAUGUUUGUAAUAUUCUUUACAGUGUCAAAAUAUCAACUUCAUCCAGGCAAACUGUUUGUGAUUUCAUUUAUAUCCUUUUGCACUUAAUAAAAGUUGGAAAUGAAAUUGCA